CCGGCCCGAAAAAAAUUUUUUAAAAGAAAGAAAAGGGAAACAAAACAGUCACCUACACCUUCGGGCCACUCACAAGGAUGAUGGCACCGUCCUCCUCUCCGCCCCUCACCAACAUGGCCGCCCCCAUGGGAGUGGGCGGGUCUGCGGGGCGGAAGUGACGCACGAGCGGAAGUCCGUCCUGCCGCUUGGCCGCGGGGCACCUGGCUCAGCGGCUUCUGCGGGCUACGAGGACCGGUAUGUUGCGGGCUGGGUGGCUCCGGGGCGCUGCGGCGCUGGCGCUGCUGCUGGCGGCCCGAGUGGUGGCGGCGUUCGAGCCCAUCACCGUGGGCCUCGCCAUCGGGGCCGCGUCGGCCAUCACCGGCUACCUGUCCUACAAUGACAUCUACUGCCGCUUCGCCGAGUGUUGCCGCGAGGAGCGGCCGCUCAACGCUUCGGCUCUCAAGCUGGAUUUGGAGGAGAAGCUGUUUGGACAGCAUCUGGCCACGGAAGUGAUUCUCAAAGCGCUGACUGGCUUCAGAAACAACAAAAAUCCCAAGAAACCUUUGACCCUUUCCUUACACGGCUGGGCUGGCACAGGCAAGAAUUUUGUCAGUCAAAUUGUGGCUGAAAAUCUUCACCCAAAAGGCCUGAAGAGUAACUUUGUCCACCUGUUUGUAUCGACUCUGCACUUCCCUCAUGAACAGAAGAUAAAACUGUACCAGGCAAGAGAACCCAAGGGAAUCCGCGGUAAAUGUGAGUGCAUGGUGCGAACUCUGUUUUCAUAUUUGCGCGAGAUGGAUAAAUUGCACCCGCGGGACAUUGACGCAAUCAAGCCGCUUUCUAGUACUACUUACGAGCAGGGUGACGGAGUGUCUUUUACCGCAAAGCCUCUCAUGCUAUUCUUAAUAUGUGAUUUUAAUCUUUAUUUCUCUGGCAAACUCAGCAAUGCAGGCGGGGACCUUAUAACUAAGACAGCUCUUGACUUUUGGCGGGCCGGAAGAAAGAGGGAAGACAUUCAGCUGAAGGACCUGGAACCUGUACUGUCUGUUGGAGUCUUCAAUAAUAAACACAGUGGCCUGUGGCACAGUGGACUGAUCGACAAAAACCUCAUUGAUUACUUUAUCCCCUUCCUGCCUUUGGAGUACAGACAUGUGAAAAUGUGUGUGAGGGCCGAGAUGAGGGCCCGUGGCUCUGCUAUAGAUGAAGACAUUGUCACAAGAGUGGCAGAGGAAAUGACGUUUUUCCCCAAAGACGAGAAAAUCUACUCAGACAAGGGCUGCAAGACUGUGCAGUCGCGGCUUGAUUUCCACUGAGCUCCUGUCUGGACGGGGUAGGAGGCAGCGGGGAGGCUCCGCACAGCAGAGGCCUUGCCUUUCAGAAGAACCCUGAAGACCGCUUUGGGGUUUUGCCUGUUUGCACCUUAGAGUUUGGGGAUAUAGAAUCUUUUUUUUGAGACAGGGCCUCACUCUGUCAUCCAAGCUGGAGUGCAGUGGUGCAAUCCUCAACUCACUGCAACCCCCACUCCCAGUUUGAGGGAUUCUCAUGCCUCGGCCUCCCGAGUAGCUGGGAUUACAAGCAUGAGCCACUGUGCCCAGCUGGGAUAUAGAAUCUAAGAGUUGAUUUUGGAAAACACGUGAAUCUAUUGCGUACAUUUGUCAUUUUGCAAGAUGACAGCCGUCCAGCUCUUCUUUGCAGCUGAAGAUGAAC